AUGCAGCUAAAUAAGCUGCAAUCACCGCCUACGAACACUUCCAAUGUUGAUGAUGUCAAGGUGACAUCACAAUCCAAAUAUUACCGCUUUCACCGACAAAGCGGGCACGACACCGAAGAGUGCCACGAGCUGAAGAGGCAGAUUGAGGAGCUUGUCCGCAGGGGACACCUCAGUCGGUACGUCCGACAGAACGGGGAUCCUUCGCCCCAUCCGGAGGGCCCCGUGGAGCGCCACAUCGAUGUGAUCACUGGAGGCCCGGUGGCCGGAGGGACCAGUAUGUCCGGGAGGAAGGCAUACGCCUGUUUCGCAAGGGUCGAUGCUCUCCAACGCGGUCCCAACCCCGAGGUCACGUUCCCUCCCGAGGACGUUGUACGACCAGAGCAUGAUGACGCGCUUGUGAUAACGACACGAAUUGCUAAUGCCCAGGUGAGAAGGAUCAUGAUCGACACCGGGAGCUCAGCUGACGUGCUCUAUCUUGAUGCCUUCCAGAAGCUUGGGCUAGCCAAGGAGUCCUUGAAGCCUAUCUGCUCAGCGCUCACAGGAUUCACCGGCGACUCAAUCUCCCCGGUGGGGGCGGUCACCUUGCCUCUAACCUUGGGAGCGCUACCCAGGAUGAAGACGGUGAUGUCCACUUUCUUAGUGGUGGAUCUACCCACUGCCUACAAUGCCAUCCUGGGCCGCCCCACCCUCAAUAGGAUCAGAGCUGUGGUCUCCACCUACCACCAGACGGUAAAGUUCCCAACCCACGCCGGGACAGGGGAAGCCCCCAAGAGUCUAGACGAUGCUACCUGA